GUCGCCGCCGCGUCAGGGCCGUCCCGGGGGCGCCGCCGGCGCUGCCCACACCCGCGCGCGCCCCGCCGGCUUCCCGAGCCGCCCCCGGCCGGGCUGCGCCAGACCAGGCCGGGCCGCGCCCGGGCGGGACCGCGCUGCCUGCAUGACCCUCCGGCGGCGCGGGGAGAAGGCGACCAUCAGCAUCCAGGAGCAUAUGGCCAUCGACGUGUGCCCCGGCCCCAUCCGGCCCAUCAAGCAGAUCUCCGACUACUUCCCCCGCUUCCCGCGGGGCCUGCCCCCGGCCGCGGGGCCCCGCGCCGCUGCGCCCCCGGACGCCCCCGCGCGCCCGGCCGCGACCGGCGCGGGCCGCCGCAGCCCCUCCGACGGCGCCCGCGACGACGAAGAGGACGUGGACCAGCUCUUCGGAGCCUACGGCGCCAGCCCGGGCCCCGGCCCCGGCCCGAGCCCCGCGCGGCCGCCCGCCAAGCCGCCCGAGGAGGAGCCGGACGCCGACGGCUACGAGUCCGACGACUGCACCGCCCUGGGCACGCUGGACUUCAGCCUCCUGUACGACCAGGAGAACAACGCCCUGCACUGCACCAUCAGCAAGGCCAAGGGCCUGAAGCCGAUGGACCACAACGGGCUGGCAGACCCCUAUGUCAAGCUGCACCUGCUGCCAGGAGCCAGUAAGGCAAAUAAGCUCAGAACAAAAACUCUCCGAAACACGCUGAACCCCACAUGGAACGAGACCCUCACUUACUACGGGAUCACAGACGAAGACAUGAUUCGAAAGACCCUGCGGAUCUCCGUGUGCGAUGAGGACAAAUUCCGCCACAACGAGUUCAUCGGGGAGACGCGAGUGCCCCUGAAGAAGCUGAAACCCAACCACACCAAGACGUUCAGCAUCUGCCUGGAGAAGCAGCUGCCGGUGGACAAGACGGAAGACAAGUCCCUAGAGGAGCGUGGCCGCAUCCUCAUCUCCCUCAAGUACAGUUCGCAGAAGCAGGGCCUGCUGGUCGGCAUCGUGCGCUGUGCACACCUGGCUGCCAUGGAUGCCAAUGGCUACUCGGAUCCCUACGUGAAAACAUAUCUGAAGCCAGAUGUGGACAAGAAAUCCAAACAUAAGACAGCAGUCAAGAAGAAGACCCUGAACCCGGAGUUCAACGAGGAGUUCUGUUAUGAGAUUAAGCAUGGGGACCUGGCCAAGAAGACCCUGGAGGUCACCGUUUGGGAUUACGACAUUGGAAAAUCCAAUGAUUUCAUUGGCGGUGUUGUUCUGGGCAUCAAUGCCAAGGGCGAGCGCCUAAAGCACUGGUUUGACUGCCUGAAGAACAAGGACAAGCGGAUCGAACGCUGGCACACGCUCACCAACGAACUCCCUGGGGCCGUGCUCAGCGACUGACCGGCCCCCACCUGCCACCGCACCCAACCUUGCCUGUCACUUGGCCCAACACAGGCCUGGCCCUGGGCUUCCUCAGUUGCCACCAAGGGCCUCGGCCCCCACGAUGGGGGAGAUCCAGGACACCUGCUCGGACAUAGAACCACUGCAGCCCCUUCUUGGAGGCCAUGGAGGACCCAGCCACCUCGAGGGACAACAAGGGCAGAGGGCCCCACCUGCUUUCAACCCCUGGGGCCUGACAGGGCCAGAGAGGAGCUUGGCCUCAGCACCUACCCCAGGGAUGGGGCCGGGGCUGUCCAGGAGGAAGCACCCUACUCGAGGUCAGCAGUAAGGCACAGGGGACCAGGGCUAAGAGAACAGGAGUGCAGGGGCACCUUGGUGGGUCCAGUGAGAACUCCUGAGGCAGACACUAGGAAGAGGGCGUUGGGGGAGGAGAUUGGGGACAGGACUCUGACUACAUCCGUUCAUCUCUGGCAUUACUGGGCAGAUGGGAAAAGGUUAACCUGAGAGCCAGGAGUCUAGUGAAUUUCCCAGAACUCCUAAUGAACGUAGG